UUCAAGAGGGAGGGAGGGAGAGAGAGACAGACAGAGUGGAACGCCGUGUUGCAAUUGUCGCUGUGUUGCAGUGAAGUGUGUCUCGUUGCGUUCCACGGCCCGGAUCAGGAAAUUCCUGGCGACGAUAUUUUGGGGGAGAGAGAGAGAGAAAAAGAUAACCUCUGACCACUGGAUUUCAUAUUCUGGCUGACCAACUAUAUGCAGUCUUGUGAGGAAUUCUACGUGAGACAUUGUGCUGAACUUUCCUAUGGAUGAAGUUGGCUUUUGAAUUGAAUGGAUUUAUUAGUUAUUGGCUUCCUCUUAACAGAAACAACAAAACUGUUGAUCAAGAUAUGAAGAACCAGCAGUGCAUGGUGAUCCUGGGCAUCCAUUGAAUUGCUUCAGAGAUAAACAACUGAACAUUGAUGGCCAUUAUUAAAACAAUAUCCCAUCAGCUGAUUCAGGAUUCAGACUGACAAUUCCCUCUCCACAAGCACCUAAACAUGCAGUCCAGGAUUCCUGGCCCCACUGCAAGGGCAGCAACGGCAACCAGCAGUAAUACGAAGGCUCUUGCAACUAUGAACAGGCAAAGUCAAAGUAGUAACAGUUUGAACAAGCACAACCCCCCAUCGUGUAAAUCUGGGAGCCAGAAAGAUUUAUCUGACCAUCUAUCUCAACUGCCAGUUAUGAACGGGAACAUACAAUUAGGUUCAACCACAAGGCAUCAUCAUGUUUCAACCACUUCUCAGGCCAAACAUCUACCACCUAAUAGAAAACAAACCACCGAGGCAUCCUCCAAACAGACUCUUAGGCAGCUUAAUGCUUCAGUCUCUUCCUCAGUAAAUGAUUUACAGAAGGUACCUGCCUCAGGAAAUGAAAAAAGCUUAUCCAAUGCAAAUAGACCAGUGGAGGAAGUGAAGUAUCACAGUAAAACUUCGAAAAAUGCUACGCAGAAUAGAACUGAGACUUUUUUGAACAAUCAAGGGCAGGAUAGUUCAUUAGAACUUGGCAACACUGAAUUGUGCAAUACUGAAAUAGAGACUGCAGGACCUGCAUACAACAGUCCACGGAUACCACAAAAGGGAGUUGUUCACUCUCUGAACAAGACUGCAACCAUGCAGAAGUCAGCUUCAAAAAUCCCAGACAGAGGUCAGAAAGAAGAGAGGAAAGAUAGUAAUGGAAUCAAUUCUAGAAGAAAGGUUGCACCUACAAAAGGCUCUCGAAUUGCAGGCUUGACCCACACGAGGAACAAAGUUUUGGACGAUGUACAAAAAGGCGUUGUAACUCUCCCUCCCAGAGGAAAGUGUAAAUCCAGAUUCAGUAUUUCAAAUGAUAAUCUGUUACAUCUGUCAAACUGUGGAGGUACAGCAGAUACAGAGAGACCGAAAAGCAGUUCAAGCCAAAGGCAAUGGAAAUCUGAUGUUAGUUGGAAAUCCUACAGUUUCUCCAAUUUACUUUUAGAUGAGAAUGAAGAUCUUUCAGAAUUGUCUGUCUCCUCCGUUUCUUCUCCUAAACGCACAUUUACUGGUGGAGUAAAAUCAUCUGCCAACAGCAAUGUUAUUAAACUUCCUUCUCCAACACAAAAUAGUCAUCCUAACACAGCAACAGUGGCUCCAUUCAUGUACAAAGGAGAAACAAAGCGAGACAGCAGCAGUAUUGAAUCAAAGGACCCUGCUGGCCACCCUACUGCAGAGGACUGCAAUUGGAAAUCCAAAAAAUAUCUUGAUGAUAUAGAUCCAGAGACACAGAGAAAACGAACUGUUCAAAAUAUUGUAGAUCUUCGACAGAAUCUGGAAGACACCAUGUCGAGUUUGAGGGGAUCCCAGAUAACCCAUAGUGCUUUAGAUUCAACCUUUGAUAGUGACAUUAGUGCUGAAAUGAAUGCCAGAAGCCGUGGCACAAGUUCAUCUAAUCGAUCUUCACCAUUAUCCUGGCGGUACGGCCAAGCAAGUCCACGUCUUCAGGCAGGGGAUGCACCUUCUGUAGGCAGUGGAUGCCAACCUGGAGGAAAUUCUGGCUGGUUUGUUCGGGGAGACUCAUCUCAUUACUCACAUACCAUGCCCAUGCGGAGUUCCAGUAAAUCAUGUAAUAUUUCUCACUUGGACUUGGAGUCUCUGGAUACUGAUGAUGUAGACCUGAAGUCCAUCAGUGCUGACAUGUCUGGCUAUAUGAGUGACAGCGAUUUGAUGGGGAAGACAAUGAAUGAUGAUGACAUUACAACUGGUUGGGAUGAAAGUAGUUCUGUAAGCAGUGGCCUCAGUGACACCUCUGACAACCUUAGUUCUGAAGAUUUAAAUGCAAGUUCAUCUCUCAACUCUUAUCCAACUACACCAGUUGCUUCCAGAAGAAAUUCUGGGAUAGCGCUCCGAACUGAUGCAGAAAAGCGUUCCAUGGUUGAGAGUGGUCUGACCUGGUACAGUGGUUCUGAAAGUAAAGGCCCGAAAAAGUCUGAGGGUGGCUAUGAUGCCAGCAAUCUUAAGAUGGAUCAAAACACAAAGUGGAGACGUAUCCGCACUGAGUCAGCAGAAGAAACGACAAAAGGAGAACUAAAGAAACAGCAAUCCACUGGACAAACCAGUUCACUGAAAAAGGGUGCAGCACCAGUUGGAGUAACUUCACCAAUGACCAGUUCAGGAGCAGGCUCUCUGAAAGUUGCUGGUAAAAUUGAUUCUAAAGUACAAGACAAAGGAAAAUUGGCUCUCAAAGGAACAACUUUGCAAAGAUCUUCAUCUGAUGCUAGCCGAGACAGAGUUGGAGAAACACGCAAACCUCCAUCAGGCAUUUCAAGACCUUCCACUGGUGGAUCUUUUGGUUACAAGAAGCCCACUACAGGCACAGCAACAGUGAUGACAUCUGGAGGAAACACGGCAUCAACAACAAAAACUCAGAAAUCUACAGGCAUCCCUGUGAAACCAACAAACUCCAGGAAAACCAGCCUUGAUGUUUCCCAAAACCACGAUGGCUUUAUGUCAUCAGGAGCGAGGACAGCUGUGCAAUAUCGUAGCUUGCCACGUCCAGCCAAAUCAAGUUCUGUUAGUGUCACUGGUCGCGGAGGGGUAAAUAGGCCUGUUAGUAGCAACAUUGACCCAAGCCUCAUUAGCAGCAAGCAUGGAAGCAUCCCAGUUUCUCGACUGAAAGAACCCUCAAAAAUUGGUAUGGGGCGAGCAAAUUCAGUGCCAGUGAAUCAAACUGAUCGUGAGAAGGAGAAGGCAAAAGCAAAGGCAGUUGCUUCUGAUUCUGAGUGCACAACUACAUCAAGUUCUACAAAGGCCUCUCCAGCUCCAGAAAGUCACAGUAAACCGCAAGGAAUGCGACAGCAAAGUUCCAAAUUCUCAGAGAUAUCUUCUCCAACAGCACAAAGGGUGAUAAGUUCAAAAGGAAUCAGCAAACCACCACCAAUAGCCAAUAUUGACAAAAUCAACUCGAAUAGCUUGGACUCUGCAACCUCAGGACAUGUCUCUAUGACUAGCAAUGUUGCCAAUGAAACUGUGACCAAAGCCCCUGAUGUCCAGUCAACUGCAAUCAGUUUGGCUCCAUGUUUAACACCUAGUCCUGCCCCUGUUCUUAAUGUAAAUUCUAGUACCUUUAGUCAGGGCCUUGGUCUAGUUAGUAAUUUCACAAGCAACAAAGAAAGUCUAAUGUACCCUAAACUUAGUAGCCUACAUACCAGCAUGGAAUCGUUGGAUCUCCCAUUGAGUGUUCCUUGUUCAUUCUCUGCGAGUGGUACACUUUCAAGGGAAGAGGAUCACAGUGGGCUCACAUGGACUGGGAGUUCCAGAUUCUCACAAAUGGAGAGUGCACAACGUGACAGAAAUACUCUGCCGAAAAAAGGAUUAAGAUAUGGAACAAGUUCACAGCAGGAAGACAAGGAAUGGCUCCAUGCACGUUCUAUUGGAGGUCCUAUAGACUCGGAUAGUCAGUUACUCUCUUCCCCGUCAGCAGUUCCAUUAUCAAACUUGGCAAGCCCCACUGGAGUGUCCCAACUGGGCAGCCCCACCCCAAAAAUGAUGCGGUCAAACAGCAUUCCAACUCAUGAUUCCUCUUUCGAUUUGUAUGGAAGUUUGCAGAUGGGAAGCACAGUUUCUUUGGCAGAAAGACCAAAAGGAAUGAUCCGCUCUGGAUCAUUUAGGGAUCCUGUGGAUGAAGUUCAUGGCUCAGUGCUUUCACUCUCCUCCACAACGUCAUCUGUUCAUUCCACAAGUGAAGACAAGGCCCAAGGAGAGCAUAUUCGCAAACUGCGUAGGGAACUGGAGUCCUCACAUGACAAGGUUUCUGCACUUACAUCACAACUAUCUACAAAUGCUCAUCUUGUGGCAGCAUUUGAACAAAGUUUGACGAACAUGACAUCUCGUUUACAGAGCCUCGCUUUGACAGCAGAGCAGAAGGAUUCAGAGUUAUUUGAUCUCAAAGAAACAAUUGAUAUGUUGCAUAAAAAGAAUGCAGAAGCACAAGCUGUUAUACAGGGAGCAUUGAACAAUCCAGAUUUGACACCCAAAGAAUUGCGUAUAAAAAGGCAGAAUUCAUCAGACAGUAUCUCCAGUCUCAACAGCAUAACAAGCCAUUCCAGCAUAGGGAGUGGUAAAGAUGCUGAUGCCAAAAAGAAGAAGAAGAAAAGCUGGGUUUAUGAGUUGCGAAGCUCAUUUAAGCAAGCCUUUACCCUCAAAAAGGCUCCGAAAUCAGCAUCUUCCUAUUCCGACAUUGAAGAAAUAGCAACACCCGAUUCUUCGGUGCCAUCUUCCCCUAAAGUACAGCGUGAAGAUGCAGAUUCAUCAGCCUCCACCAAACCAUCACAUUCAUCCACUGAGGUCUAUGAUUCCCGUGAACCUGAGUUGAAGGAAGUAUCAAACCUACGGAAUGAGUUGUGGGAUAAGGAAAGGAAAUUAACAGAUAUCCGCCUUGAGGCUCUUAGUUCAGCUCACCAGCUGGAGCAGUUACGAGAAGCCAUGCAUAAUAUGCAGGUGGAAAUUGAGGCAUUAAAACUGGAGAAUGACCGUCUCAAAGCAGAUACCGGCUCUGGGACAUCACAGACCGUCACAUUAUCAUCUGCCACCUCCUCUCCUCGGCGAUCAUUGGGACUCACCUUAGCUCACUCAUUCAGUCUCAGUCUGACAGAUUCCGUUGAUCAAGAUGUAUCACCAAUGGAUGGGGUGACUAGUUCAUCCCUGAAAGAGGAAAGGAAUGUUCGAAUUGUGGUUCAUCUCACCGAGGAGCAGAUUUGCAAUGAAACCCAAAAGCAGCAAGAAUUUUUCAUUGGUUCCACCAAAGUAAAUGCAACAACUGACUGGACUAUGUUAGAUGGAGUUAUCUGUCAAGUAUUUAAGGACUACAUUACAAAGGUGGAUCCAGUUUCUAGUCUUGGAUUGAACACAGACGCUAUUUACUGCUACAGCAUUGAUCACGUAAAACGUGUAUUUGGAACAGAUGCACCAGACAUGCUGCCCUAUAGAUAUAUGGGAAAAGAUUCUACAUUCUCUGUAACUUUGAAAGGAUUGAAAGAGAAAAGUGUGGACAGUUUGGUUUUUGAAACCCUAAUUCCAAAACCGAUGAUGCAGCAUUACAUCAGCCUUCUCCUGAAACAUCGAAGGCUUAUUUUGUCAGGGCCCAGUGGGACUGGGAAGUCCUACCUAUCCAUUCGCUUGGCCGAGUACUUGGUUCAGAGAUCAGGACGAGAGGUCACAGAUGAAAUCAUUGUAACAUUUAAUAUGGACACACAUUCAUGCAAGGAUUUGCAGCUGUACCUUUCCAAUCUUGCCAAUCAAAUUGACAGAGAAACCAGCACUGGGAAUGUCCCAUUGGUGAUAAUCCUUGAUGACCUCAGUGAGCCUGGUUCCUUGAGUGAACUUGUCAAUGGUGCUCUUACAUGCAAAUAUCAUAAAUGCCCAUAUGUAAUUGGAACGACUAACCAGCCUGUCAAAACAACACCAAACCAUGGCCUUCACCUCAGUUUCAGGCUGGUGCCAUUUUCAAACAAUGCAGAGCCUGCCAACGGAUUUCUAAGUCGCUAUUUACAACGGAAACUGAUUGAAUCAGAAAAUGUUGCAAAUGCAAACAACAAUGAAAUGCUCAAUAUUCUUAACUGGGUGCCAAAGUUAUGGUACCAUCUCCAUACAUUUCUGGAAAUGUAUAGUACAUCUGACUUCCUUAUUGGUCCUUGUUUUUUCCUGUCCUCUCCAGUCAAUGUGGCCGAGUUCAGGGAAUGGUUUAUUGACUUAUGGAAUUAUUCCAUUCUCCCCUAUCUUCAGGAAGGAGUUAAUGAUGGCAUCAAGACAUAUGGACGAAAGGCAGUGUGGGAAGAUCCCGCUAAGUGGGUGCAGGAUACUCUACCUUGGUCAACUGCUUCACAAGAUCGCUCCAAGAUCUUCCAUUUGCCUCCACCAAGUACGGGAUCCCAGGUUCCAGGUCCUCCAUCAGACAAAAGAAAGAUCAAAGAGACAGCACCGACUUCACUUGAAUCAGACCCACUUAUGACAAUGCUACUGAGGCUCCAGGAAGCAGCCAAUUAUACCCAAAGUUGUGAAGGCGAAAACAUCAUGGAAUCGUCUUUGCAAUCGACACAUUGAGAGGAAAAAUACAUCAAGGAAUAUGGGAGCCAUCUUGUUUUUAAUCAUGCCACAACUACACUUUGGAUAUUGUAGUCCUGAAACAGAAGUAUAUUCUGUCAUAGAUGUAGUUAGGUAGAGGGCUAAAUUAAUGGAUGGGUAAAAUUGUAGAUGUAAUGCCCAAAAUCAUAUGUAAGUUAACUGUGAUCAUUUAUUGUAAAUCAUAUUACCUAGCCAUCUGGAAGAAAAAGAAACAUCUAACUAUAUGGACUGUUAAUGCUGUAUUUGUACUUUAUAAUUCAAACUUCAAAAGUGCAUGGCAAUCAUUUAAGCAGAAACAAAUAAGAUUUUAGUGAGCUUUAUUAAGGUUAACUCCUAAUCUACAACUCAAACAAUUAUAGGAGCCAUCGCUGUUCCACUACUGCUGCCAUCUCAGAUGUCACACUGGUGCUGAUUGGAGAACCUCUCCACUAAUUUCUACCACUUAUCGAGCUCAACACCUCAUUAGUUCACACAGCUAAGAUGUGAAUCAUGGUGAAACCACUAAAGCAGAAAUUUGUUGUUUUCCAAGUUCUAAGCUAGUAAUUGUUCAUUUUGUAAUUGAAAUAUCUUUGUGCCCUGAAUUUAAAAGUGAAUCGUUUUCUGAAAUUAGGAUGUGCUUUCAGUUUUAAGGUGGUAAUGAGAAUAUAUUCUAUCACUCUGUUCUUGGUAGGGUGAAAUAUUCCAGGUUACUAGGCACUUAAAAGGUGCAGUGAAAGUGUUUAGAACAUAGAAAAGUACAGCACAGAACAGGCCCUUCGGCUCACAAUGUUGUGCCGAAGAUUAUUCCUAAUC